GCCCCGGAGCGGGGACCACCCUCAGCCCUCCCAGGCGGGGGCCGAGCGCUCCCGGCACUCUCGGCGGUCCCGGCAACUAGCUGCCGCCGCGCGGUGGUUCCCGCGGAUCGGCGCGCGGUGCCGGCCUGGGCGAGCUCCCAGACCGCGGGGAGAACCGCAGGAGCCCGCGGGACGCAAUGCGAGCCAGGAUGGAAAUGAGAACCCCGAUUUCUGGCUUCGCCGUCCGGUGACCCACAGCCGCGAGGUGACAGCGGCGGCGGCGGGCGGGCGGGAGGAGAAGACUGGCAGAGACGCACGUUGCUAAGUGGUGUUUCGCGGGAAGCCGGCUCUGCGCAUCUCCCUUCUCUGGACAGAAGGCCACGUCCUGGGGCUGGUGCUCUGACGUCAGGGAGCUGGGGCCGGUGGCAGGAAGAAGCACAUUGCCAAGCUGAUGCCGUCGUGCAGCAUGGUCGCCUGAGACAGCAGCUUCCGCGCUCGCUGGAAUAACCGGAGGGAGAAAUAUGAAACCUUAGCCCAUCCGCCCGGGGAAAAGCGUUUCAGGAUGGCGGCUCAGCGCAUCCGGGCUGCCAACUCCAGCGGCCUCCCGCGGUGCAAGUCCGAGGGGACCCUGAUUGACCUCAGCGAAGGGUUUUCAGAAUCGAGCUUUAAUGAUGUCAAAGUGCCUUCUCCCAGUGCCUUGCUCGUCGACAAUCCCACACCCUUUGGAAACGCGAAGGAGGUGAUUGCAAUCAAGGACUACUGCCCAACCAACUUCACCACCCUCAAGUUCUCCAAGGGCGACCACCUCUAUGUCCUGGACACAUCGGGCGGGGAGUGGUGGUAUGCCCACAACACCACGGAGAUGGGCUACAUCCCCUCCUCCUACGUGCAGCCCUUAAACUACCGGAACUCCACCCUCAGCGACAGUGGGAUGAUCGACAAUCUUCCAGACAGCCCGGACGAAGUCGCCAAGGAGCUCGAUUUGCUCGGGGGAUGGACGGAUGCCAAGAAGGAAUCCAGCAAACCCUACAGUAAUAAUCCUUUCUGGAACGGAGUCCAGACGAACCCGUUUCUUAAUGGGAAUGUCCCAGCGAUGCCCAGCGUGGACGAGCUGAUGCCCAGAAGCGCCGUGGACUUGCUCCUCUUCGACACAGGGACAUCCUCCUUCACCGAGUCCAGCUCGGCGACCACCAACAGCACCGGCAACAUCUUUGACGAGCUGCCGGCCGCCGGCCGCCUCCCCACGGAGCCACCCGUCAAGCGGGACAACCCUUUCUUCCGAAGCAAGCGUUCCUACAGCCUCUCGGAGCUCUCCGUGCUCCAGGCCAAGUCUGACGUGCCUGCGUCCUCGGGGUUUUUCACGGGCUUGAAAUCACCUGCCCCCGAGCAGUUCCAGAGCCGCGAGGACUUCCGGGCUGCCUGGCUGAGCCACCGGAAGCUGGCCCGGUCUUGCCACGACCUGGACCUGCUGGGCCAGAGCCCUGGGUGGGGCCAGACCCAGGCGGUGGAGACGAACAUCGUGUGCAAGCUGGACAGCUCGGGGGGCGCCGUGCAGCUCCCCGACGCCAACAUCAGCAUCCACGUGCCCGAGGGCCAUGUGGCUCCUGGGGAGAUGCAGCAGAUCUCCAUGAAGGCUCUGCUGGAUCCCCCACUGGAGCUCAACAGCGACCGGUGCAGCUCCAUCAGCCCAGUGCUGGAGGUGAAGCUGAGCACCCUGGAGGUGAAGACCCACCUCAUCCUGGAGAUGAAGGUGUCAGCCGAGGUUAAGAGUGACAUUUUCAGCAAAAGCACAGUGGGCCUCCAGUGCCUGAGGAGUGACUCCAAAGAGGGGCCCUACGUCCCCAUCCCUCUCGCCUACAGCUACGGGGACACAGUCCAGGUCCAGCUGGACAACCUGGAGCCCUGUAUGUACCUGGCCAUCGUCGCCCACGGCCCGAACAUCCUCUACCCUUCCACGGUCUGGGACUUCAUCAAUAAAAAAGUCACCGUGGGUCUCUACGGCCCCAAACACAUCCACCCAUCCUUCAAGACAGUGGUGACCAUUUUCGGGCAUGACUGUGCCCCAAAGACCCUCCUGGUCAGCGAGGUCACCCGCCAGGCCCCUACCCCAGCCCCAGUGGCCCUGCAGCUCUGGGGCAAGCACCAGUUCGUUCUAUCCAGACCCCAGGAUCUCCAAGUCUGUGUGUUUUCCAACAUGACCAACUAUGAGGUCAAAGCCAGCGAGCAGGCCAAGGCCGUGAGAGGGUUCCAGGUGAAGCUGGGCAAGGUCAGCCGCCUCAUCUUCCCCAUCACAUGCCAGAACCCCAGCGAGCUCUCUGACUUCACCCUGCGGGUUCAGGUGAAAGAUGACCAGGAGGCCAUCCUCACCCAGUUUUGCGUGCAGACCCCCCAGCCGCCCCCCAAAAGCGCCAUCAAGCCAUCUGGGCAGAGACGCUUCCUCAAGAAGAACGAGGUGGGGAAGAUUAUCCUGUCCCCGCUGGCCGCCACCACCAAAUACCCGACAUUUCAGGACCGCCCCGUGUCCAGCCUCAAGUUCGGCAAGUUACUCAAGACGGUGGUGCGGCAGAGUAAGAACCACUACCUGCUGGAGUACAAGAAGGGUGAUGCCAUCGCCCUGCUCAGUGAGGAGAAGAUCCGGCUCAAGGGGCAGCUGUGGACGAAGGAGUGGUACAUCGGCUACCACCAGGGCAGGGUGGGCCUGGUGCACGCCAAGAACGUGCUGGUGGUGGGCAAGGCGCGGCCCAGCCUGCUCGCGGGGCCCGAGCUGAGCACGUCGGUGCUGCUGGAGCAGAUCCUGCGGCCCUGCAAGUUCCUCACCUACAUCUACGCCUCCGUCCGCACGCUGCUCAUGGAGAACGUCAGCAGCUGGCGCUCCUUCGCUGAUGCCCUGGGCUACGGGGACCUGCCGCUCACCUUCUUCUGCCGGGCUGAGCUGGACAGCGAGCCUGAGCGGGUAGCGUCCGUCCUGGAGAAGCUGAAGGAAGACUGCAACAACACGGACAACAAAGACCGGAAGUCCUUCCAGAAGGAACUCAUGAUGGCCUUACUGAAGAUGGACUGCCAGGGCCUGGUGGUCAGACUCAUCCAAGACUUCGUGCUCCUGACCACGGCGGUCGAGGUGGCGCAGCGCUGGCGGGAGCUGGCCGAGAAGCUCGCCAAGGUGUCCAAGCAGCAGAUGGACGCAUAUGAGUCUCCCCACCGGGACAGAAACGGAGUGGUGGACAGCGAGGCCAUGUGGAAGCCCGCCUACGACUUUCUCCUCACCUGGAGCCACCAGAUCGGGGACAGCUACCGGGACGUCAUCCAGGAACUGCACAUCGGCCUGGACAAGAUGAAGAACCCCAUCACCAAGCGCUGGAAGCACCUCACAGGGACCCUGAUCCUGGUGAACUCCCUGGACAUCCUGCGUGCCUCCGCCUUCAGUCCCGUGGACCAUGAUGACUUCGUGAUUUGAACAGGUCCCCGACCUCCUGCUGCUCUGGGGCACGGACCCUCUGUCUGCCCCAGAUGCCCAGGCGGGCACAUGGCACUGGGGAGGAAGGGAGGGUCAGCUGCUCAGACAGACCCAGGGGCCCUCCCCACUGGACCCUCACCCAGGACCAAGCACACGUAUGAUGUUCUACCUGCCUUCUCCAUCGUGGGGGAGGCCCGAAGGGAAUUUCUACUGCAGGUAGUUGCCAAUCAAAUAGGUUUCUAUUUGUUAAGUAUAAAUUUAAAUUUAAAAUCAGUUUGGUUUUUUUUUUAAAGUAUGGGGGUAGGGCGUACCAGAAAGGUGGUUAUCUAAUUUUUUACUGGACCCUAAAUUAAAAGAAGAAAACACUUCUUAGGGUAAGAUAGUGUUGAGGUUUUUAUGUUCUAUAAAGACCUUUUUAAAUUAUGUGAUAGAUGUAUAUACGUAUUUAAGGGUUGUGGGAGCGUUUCUGGUUGUCGGACACACUUUGCAUUUCACCACUGAGCACGGGAGGACACUUGCUCAAGUGCCGGACCUUUUUGGCUGUGUACUUGUGAAAAAGAAAUCAAAUAGGAAACGUGGUGUCUCAGUAAACGAGUCCAGUCGGUGCCCGCCCGUUCUUUCAGAGGCUGUCCUGGUCUAUGCUUCCCUCCUGUUUUUAUUACCUUCUGACCCUGGCCUCGUAUUGCAGGAAGAUUCGGCCACGACACAGGGGAAGCCUUCUGAGCCCCUGCCUGUGUGCCCUUCGCCACCCGGAGCCAAGUGGUCCCCGCAGCUCUGCGAGGCCGUGCCCAGCCUCUCCCAGGGGCAGGGAAUGCUUGCUACAGAGCUUACAGCCUCUCUUCUGGGCACAGAGAACACAUCACCACAAGCACACCCUAUGCUGAUGUCCAGAGACGCCUGCUGGCAUUUGCCAAACUCCACUUCACCUGAAAUGGAGCCCUUCUCCCCUCCUCGUCUGUCCGUCUCUCCUUUCCUUGGAAAUAAAGAGCAUAGGGAAAUCUUUAAAGACAAAAAGAGCAUGAAGAUUAUCUGAGCAGGGUGACCAUUGUCUGAAAAUGUUCUCACGUAAAAUCUGAGCCUUGGCUGAUGGUUGCCUUGAUGGCUUGAUAGCUGGAGAUCACCUUGCUGGGCUGAAUUCUGCAGUCGCGUGUGGUUGCAUCAUCUCAGAAGAAAGUGAGGGAUGGGCGAGAAGAAACAUCUGGAAGAUCAAUAGAGUCGAUGCCUGGGAAGGUGCUGAGACACGCGCCGUGCUUACAGGAGCGAUGCACCAUCUGGGAUUCCGGAAUCUCAUUCUCUAAAUCUGCUUGCUGGAAGCGCGUUAAUUACUUAGUAUAAUCCAUGUAAAUCCCUUAUUGGACUAAAACAUUCUUCUACAGCUAUUGAUUCUGAUUCAGAAAACCCACAGCUAGAAAACAACAACAACAACAAAAAACAUUACAGAUUUUAUGCUGCAAAAACCGAGACACCCCACGAUUCCCCUCCCCAUCAUCCCACGAAAUCAUCUUACAUUCUGCGCUCCACUCUCCGCCUUCAGUCUUCCCAGAGAGCAUCUCUCACUUUUCCCCAAAGAAGAAACAAAACCAGUCGCACCUUAAAUAUGGAGAUUUUUUUCCUCAGGGGCUUUAAAUAGUUUCCUAUGCAACGUGUCUUGUAGCACAAAUUCAAUUGUAUGAAAGUUGCAGUAAAUUUUCUUUGGAUAUUUUAA